CCAUAUUUUCCUCCCUCUCCCUAUUACAGUAAGGAUGUACGCCUACCAGUACAACUGCAACGCGCUAUGGCAGCCGAAGCUGAAGCAGCUCGUGAAGCACGCGCCAAAGUUAUUGCCGCUGAAGGAGAGCAAAAAGCAUCAAAGGCACUACGCGAAGCCUCUGAAGUCAUUGGAGGUUCACCAGCAGCGCUACAAUUGCGUUACUUACAGACUCUCAAUACAAUAUCGGCGGAAAAGAACUCAACAAUAGUUUUCCCAUUGCCCAUCGAUUUGAUAACUUAUUUCCUGAAGACAACCGAGGCAACGGCGCAACAAAACGCCGCGCAACAAAACACCGUCGUAGCCAUACCACCAGCGGUGGCAGGAGUGAGCAGCCAAAAUUCACCACAGCAAUCGACAUCACCGCAAGCGGGCAUUCAAACGGCAUCUAUGUAAAAAAC